AUGAAUCUCGAGCUGCUGCACAAGAUGGAAGGAGAGUAUGCAUGUGUGGAAAAAAAUGGAGUUCUUCUUGAUAACAGAUAUGUAGUUCCAUACAAUCCGUUUCUAAUUAUGAAGUAUCGUGCCCACAUCAAUGUUGAGUUUUGCAAUCAAGGGCAAUCUGUCAAGUAUCUCUUCAAAUACAUCAAUAAAGCCAGUGAUAGGAUGGGUGCAAGAAUAACUACAACAGCUAAUGAUGAAAUCACCGAGUACAUUGAUUGUAGAUAUAUUUCUGCAUGUGAGGCUAUGUGGAGGAUUUUUGAGUUCCCAAUUCAUUAUCGGACUCCCCACGUAGAACGUUUAUCUUUUCAUUUGGAAGGAGAGUAUGCAUGUGUGUUCAAAGAAGGAGACUACAUUGAUAAUGUGUUAGUCAAGUGUACGCUUAAAGAAUCUCAAUUCCUACAAUGGAUGGCUAUAAAUAAGGAAAACGUUGAAGCUCGAAAAUGGUUGUAUACUGAGUUUCCACAACACUACGUUUGGAAUAAAAAAGAUAAGAUAUGGACAAAGCGGGACAGAGGUUUUGGCAUAGGACGCAUCUUUCAUGUUCCUCCCUCAAAUAGGAAAAUGUAUCAUCUUAGGAUGCUAUUGAAUCAUGUCAGAGGUGCAACAUGUUACAAUGAUUUUAAAAUGGUGAAUGGCGACAUGAAAGACAGUUACAAGGAAGCAUGCUACGCAAUGGGAUUGCUAGACGAUGACAAAGAGUAUAUUGAAGGAAUUAUUGAAGCCAGUUCUUGGGGAACAGGGCAAUAUCUAAGAUGCCACUUCACGACAUUACUAAUUUCGAAUAGUAUGUCAAGGCCUGAAGAAGUCUGGAAUCAAACUUGGCAAAACCUAUCAGAUGACAUCUUGCACACAAAGCGGAAGACUCUUCCAAAGCCAGAUUUGCAGUUGACAGAUGACCAAUUAAAAAAUCUAGCAUUGGUUGAAAUUGAGAAGUUGCUUAUAGCUAAUUCCACCAGUUUAGUCAAUUUUCCUGGCAUGCCGUUACCAAACGAAACUGUCAUAUCUAAUUCAGAAAAUCUACUGAUAUUGGAAGAGAUGUCUUACAACAUAGAAGAAAUGAAAGAAGAGCACGCUAAGCUAUAUCCCUCUUUAACAGAUGAGCAAAGAAUGGGCAGGACUGCACACUCAAGAUUCGGUAUACCAUUGGACUGCCACGAAAACUCCACAUGCAACAAGAUAAACCCAGAUAACGAUUUAGCUGGACUACUUGAGAAAACAAAGCUUAUUAUUUGGGAUGAGGCACCAAUGACACAUAGAUACUGUUUUGAAGCGCUUGAUAGAAGCUUAAGGGAUAUUAUGAGAUCUUCCGAUAGAUCUGGAAAACCUUUUGGAGGUUUGGUGGUUGUUUUAGGAGGCGACUUUCGACAGAUACUUCCAGUUAUCCCUAAGGGAAGUCGGCAUGACAUCGUGCAUGCCUCUAUAAGUUCAUCUCAACUUUGGAAUUUGUGUCAAGUUCUCAAGUUAACUAAGAACAUGAGAUUACAUGCAAAUGCUUCUGGUUCGGAUGCAGAAGAAACCAAAGAAUUUGCAGAGUGGAUACUUAAAAUAGGUGAUGGUACAGCCGGACAUAGUCUUGGUGAUGGAGAAUCUGUUGUGGCAUUAUCAGAAGAUAUCCUUAUACGCGAUGCAACAACUCCUAUUGCAGCUAUAGUGGAAAACACAUAUAAUGACGUCAUGAAUAAUGCAAUUGAUCCAGAAAUGUUUAAGAAUAGAGCUAUCUUGGCCCCCACCAAUGAGAUGGUUGAUACGAUCAAUGAUUACGUCAUGUCUCUGAUGUCUACCAAGGAAAGGGUUUACCUAAGUUCAGACAGUAUUUGCAAAGAAGAUGGACAAGUGGACCUUGAUGAACAGACUGAUAGUAACUCAACUUGGGGAACGCGUAAUUGA